AUGGGGGUGGGCGACUACGUCCACUCCAGAGAAGCUGGGCAGCCUCGAGCCCCCGACAAAGUUGCGGCCCAGUCGCGCCAGCAACGUGCAGAACAGGCCAGAAUUGAUGUGCCUCCCACUCAAUUAGUCCAUCCAAGCCACCCCGUUACCAAUGGCAAGGGCAUUUCGCUGGAAUUUCCUGGAGCAUCUCAGUUUCCAAACCAGCCCCGCACUAUUCCCGCGCAUACGGUGCAGCGUGAUGUCUUUGACACUGAUGUCGAGGCGAUUGAUGAUUCAACUGUCGCCGGAACGAGUGUCUCCGGAUUUGACGAUAACAAAUCCCAGGCAGCGUCAAGUACCAAUGCUGCUUACACCAACCCCGAUCCGCAGCCUACGUACCAAUCCCGUCCUGUUCGACAUACCUACGGGUCUAACUGGUAUGAUGGCCUGGGUGACCAAGCCAUGAAAACGAUGGGCUUUGACUCCGAUGAUCUCGUGGGCUUCGAUAGCCCAAUGACGUCUGAUGGUGGAGACGACGAGAAGACUGAUGAAGUAGCCACCGGCUGGCAAGUGUCGCACAAGCCGCGUACCACAGAGCAGCCGUUGAGCAAGCGCUUGGAGAAUUUCUGGUCUCAAAGCAAAAAGAGAACUUCUUCACGCCAGCCUAUCAAUGUGGAUUCUGUCCCUGAGCCGCAGCCGCAGCCUCAGGUCAAACCUCAGGCCAAGCCACGAAAGUUGGGCCAAAUGCUGCCUCCUACCGGGGCUAGGAAGGUUGUUCUCCCGCCCAACGGAUCUGCCACGCCCAGAACCCGUUUCAGUCCACCAAAACCUUCCCUGCUUGAGCAACUCGACCAAAAACUAGAUAGAUCACCCACUCGCCAGAACUCUCAACGCCCGCCAGAACUUGGCCGGACACUCAGCAUAACGGGCUUCCAAACCGACAGCGACAUCGACGGUAGUGGCAGUGAUGGUGGCAUGGACCACACCAUUCGCGCCAAUGGAAAGCGAGAAAGUGACCAUUCACACAACGUCUUUGACAUGACCAGUCUGACCGACCUGGACGCCGACGAAACCAUGCAGGACCCCUUCUAUACUAACGAAUCUACCACCCACGAGUCUACACACGAACCUACACACGAGCCAUCACGUGCUUCCACACGCCCCCGUCGCAACACAGUCAUCCAUUCCAAAAAGCGAGAACUCGAAGCAGAUUACCCUCCAGACCUGCUAUACCAGAAAUCCUUCUCCGAGCUACAGGCCGAGCCCUUUGAAAAAGCCCCAACUCCCCCUCCCCCAGUUCAAUCACAUCCUUUGCCUCCAGAACCAGCUUAUGUCUCCGACACGCAAUCCCCCCAAAAUGCCCUCUCCCACUUGCUGGGACUUACCGAACAAGAACGCCAGACCUUUCUCUCUCACAUGUCCAUCGAUGAAUGGGAAGACUGCGGUGACCAGAUGAUAGACCGGUUUACUCGUCUGCUUUCUGAAAUGAGAAACCUCCGCCGUGCCCGUCGCCGCACAGCCGCAGUAUUCGAAGCAGAAGUCAAACGCCGCCAUGACCAAGUCGAGACUCAGGACUUGGAGUUGACGAACAAGUUGACCGAGAUGAGAAGUGGUGGUGCAGAGGUCUUGCGUGGACGCAGCCAAUGA